AUGUCUCUCACUACCUUCUUCCAAUUUGCGCACACCUCAUAUCUUCCACUUCCGCCUACAGCAACACAGCGGAAUGCCAAGGCUGGAUAUUCUCCGCAAGUCAAGCUGGAGACGGUACAGGAGAUUCAAGCUCGAGGUAAAAGAACAGCAGUCAAGCUUCUACAUUCACCUGAACUCAUGAUCAUGCUCAAUCCACUAGUCCAACACUACAGUCGUGUUGACCCAGCAGAUCCAGCUAAUGAGGAUCGUCUGGUCGAUCUCGAUACGCUGGCCCUGAAAUUCAACGUCGCUCUAGCAAACCCACUAUCCUGCUCAAGUUUCGCUGACUCAAAAAACGGCGAGUUCGUCCACUACGAAAUCAUAGAUAAAUUCCAGUUCCUCGGCGGACUCGCCAGCAAACUCUUGACUUAUCGUGCUUGUUUUCGCCCACUCUACGACGUCGCGCCACACACACUACCCAAUGGACAGCCAAGAGAGAGCCAAGGUCUAGAAACGAUCUCUGACCCUGGCAAUGGCGUCUCCCUACUUGGCAAAUGGGUUGUCAGUGAAGACAAUCAGAAACCUGGAUUUCUGGUUCUUACGGAAACUGUUCAGGUUCAUUGUAAUGUGUUUUUGAGCUGGUAUGUGCGAGGUCAGCUUGAGAGUGCUCACGCUCAGCUACACAAGGAGUUUGGCAGGCACUUUUGUGAGUCAAUGGUUGCGGAGGAUCCGAUGAAGGGUCAGGAUGAGAGGGUGGGGAAGACGUGGAAGGAGAUCAGGAGAUCAGAAUCUGCAGGGAGCUAUACUACUACUACUAAUGAGGUGGGGAAUAAGCCUCUGGACAGAAUGCGCACGGAGUAA